AUGUCAAAUCCGCACGAUUAUACGGUUGCUUGGAUCUGUGCGGUGAGCACUGAACGUGUAGCUGCUGAAGCAUUCCUCGACGAGAGCAACCAUGAGCUGCCCGCAUUUCGUUCUCCCCACGAUAAUAACAGCUACAAACUCGGAAAGAUUGGGGGACACAUGGUUGUCAUUGCAGUUUUACCGGAUGGUGAAUAUGGGACUUCGUCAGCAGCAUGCGUUGCGAGGGACCUUUUGCAUACUUUUCCCAAUGUUAGGAUUGGCCUUAUGGUCGGUAUCGGAGGCGGCGCACCCAGCAACAAACACGAUAUUCGCCUCGGAGAUAUCGUUGUUGGUGCUACUUGCGGAGGGAAGAGCGGUGUGUUACAAUAUGACUUUGGCAAGGCAAUCCAAAAUCAGCCUUUGGAAAUGACUAGAUUUAUGAACCAAGCGCCCAGUAUCUUGCGAACGGCAAUCGCUGGAUUGAGAGCCCGCCAUGAGAUAGACGGUCACGAUAUACAAGAUGCUAUUGAGCAAGCACUGGCUAAGAAGCCACGCCUACGAAAGAAGUAUAAGCUGCCGGGCCACGAGAACGACAGACUGUACCAGAGUCAUAUCAUCCAUCAAAACGGCAGCUGCCCAGAGAACUGUGGAGAUGGUGAAAGCGUCUUGGUCGCUCGACCUGAGCGAACUGACGAAGACGAUGACCCGACAAUCCACUAUGGUGCCAUUGCAUCGGCGGAUAAGCUCAUGAAAGAUGCAAAUAUCCGCGAUAGGCUUGCACGAGAGCACGGUGUGCUUUGCUUUGAGAUGGAGGCCGCUGGGCUGAUGAAUCAUUUCCCGUGUCUUAUAAUUCGAGGCAUCUGUGAUUACUCAGAUACACACAAGAACGAUCAGUGGCAAGGCUACGCAGCAAUGGUGGCAGCGGCCUACGCGAAAGACCUUCUUCUACGGAUUGUUCCAAGCAGCAUUGAGAACGAAAGGAAGAUAGCUGAUAUCCUCUCAAAUUUGGAAGGAUCGGUCAACAAUGUAAAUGAAGAACUUAAACCAAUUUCCAGAAUCAUCCACACGAGGCAUGAUCGGGUCAUUCUGGAGUGGCUGACUAGUCAUGACUAUGCUAUUUCUCACAAAGACAUCUUCACAAAAGCAGAACCCGGGACGGGCCAAUGGUUCCUGGAGUCUCAAGCCUUUCAAACAUGGCUCAACAAUGACGCGCAAAUGAAUCAUCUCCUCACGGAAUUCCGGCAAAUGCCAGAUGUUGGCAUUGCGUAUAUCUACUGCAAUUACCAGCGACAUACCCAGCAAAGGGCCACCGAUAUACUUUCUAGUCUCCUGAGACAACUUGCUCAGACACAAUCCCCUCUUCCCACGAGCGUCCAAGAUCUAUAUAAGGGGCACGAAAGGUUUCGAACACAGCCGACCCUUAAACAGAUUUCGGAAGCUCUCUCCUUGGUAGCAGGGGAAUUUUCUAAGGUUUACAUCGUCAUUGAUGCUCUGGAUGAAUGCAAUGCGACUGAUAACACUCGAGUGACGGUUCUUCGGGAGAUAUACCGCCUUCAAAAGCAUAUGACUGUUAAUAUCUUCGCCACAUCAAGGCCGAACAAAGAGGUAUCUAACGUCUUUGGUGGUAGCCUCACAUUGGACAUCACUGCAACUGACGAUGAUGUCCGCAUGUAUCUGGAUACGCAGAUCUCUUUGCAAGAGUCAUUGAUCAUUGACAAUCCAUUGAAAGCUGAAAUUAAAGAUAAGAUCGUCGCUAUCGCGGAUGGAAUGUUCUUGCUUGCUUCGCUCCAGGCUGGUACUGUUCUGUCUCAGCCAACCAAGGGCGAUUUGUUGGAAACCUUGGAAACUCUCACCAGGGGAGAACAGGGCUUAGAUGAUCAUUAUUAUCAAGCGAUGAAUCGAAUCCAAGACCAAGAGCCCAAUCGAAAGGCGCUGGCUUUGAAGAUAUUGACUUGGAUUGUACAUUCCAAAAGACCACUCUUUUUACGGGAGCUCCAGCACGCUCUUGCCGUACGCAAGAACACGAAAGAGUUGGAUCCGAAUUUUAUUCCCCAUCCAGAAAUCAUUUUGUCUUUGUGCGCCGGUCUUGUUGUUCUUGAUAAGGAGAGCACUGUAGUGCGUCUUGUCCAUUACACAACGCAAGAAUAUUUUGAGCGAGAGCGAGAACGAUGGUUCAAAGAUCCGGAAACUGAGUUGACCAUGACCUGCGUCACUUACCUCUCAUUCGACAUUUUUGGCAAGGCUGAUCGCAAGGUAUACGCCAAAGAAUACUCUGAUGGCUACAGUUAUUGUCCGACUGAUCUCGAGGUAAACCUCGAGGAACAUCCAUUUUACUUUUACUCGGCCCAUCACUGGGGAAAUCAUGCCCAGUCAGCUACAGCACAGGUCAAUGAGUUACUCCUUUAUUUCCUUAUGUCCGAUUCCCAUGUUAACGCCUCCGGCUAUGCGAUAAUGCCUCGUCUUGAUGGCGAUAGCCUCCGCCUAGCUGUGACGACUUCAGGCAUGCACCUUGCGGCGUACUUCGGUUUGUCGUCACUUGCGCGCUGUCUGCUUGAUAGAGGCUUUGCUCCAGAUCAAAUGGACAGUGGCCAUCGAACCCCCCUAUCAUAUGCAGCUGAGUAUAAGCAAGAGACGAUCGUAAGGCUGUUGCUCGCAAGGGACGACGUGGAUCCAGACUCCCCAUCAGCAGACGGCGAAACACCACUUAUGCUGGCCGUCAUGAAUGGACACAAGGCCAUUUUCGAACUAAUCUCGGAACGUUCUGACAUUAGAAUCAACAAGUGGGACACAUAUGGAAAAACAGCCCUUCACUGGGCAGUAACAGCGAGGGAUAAAUCUAUCGUAGCUCGGUUACUUGAGAGAGGUGCGGACUUGGAGAUGGAGGAUAGUCAGGGCCAAACAGUACUUUCAGUUGCUGCGGGGAAUGGUGAUACCAGCAUGGUUUCAUUUUUACUUCACAAUGGUGCCAAUUCGAAUCCCAAACAAAAAGAAGGCAACAGGAAAACGGCGCUUGCUUUUGCUGCUCAAAAUGGGCACGAGGAGGUCGUCAGGUUGCUUGUUAGUACUGAAGGCGUUGUGAUUGACACGAAAGACAAUAUGGGGCGGUCUCCUCUAAUCCACGCGGCUAGCUUAGGGCAUGAGGGAAUUGCCAGACUACUCUUGGACAGGGGCGCUAAUCCGGAACUCAGAGACACGUAUCGGUAUGGCGGAUAUCCGCUACAUCAUGCAACCAUAGGAGGGCAUAUGGGCGUUGUGAUGCUACUCCUCCAGAGAGACGUCGAUCCGGACCAGGUGGAUAGGGACGGCAGAACCCCUUUCUCGUACGCUGCACAAUUAGGCCACAUAGAGAUUGCGAAGCUCUUGCUGGCUAGUGCGAAAGUCGACCCCGACUCAAAGUGCAGUAAUGAGUAUGACGAGGGUCGAACACCAUUAUCAUAUGCUGCUGAGGGAGGUGAUGAAUCAAUUGUUGAGUUUCUACUGGACACAUGCGGGGUUGAUCCCGACUCAAAGGCUACUGGUCGCGCAGCUGCUGGAUGGACCCCAUUGAUGUACGCAGCUUCGACACAAAGAGUAGCAAUCGUCAAUAUUCUACUUCGUACUGAUAGGGUUGAUCCCGACGCGAGGGCCUCCGAUGCGCUAUAUAUAGGUCGAACGCCAUUAUCAUUUGCGGCCCAGGGGUGUGCUGAGGCUGUGGGGUAA